CUCGGCUGGCGGGCUAGACCGUUUUAUCUACCACUUUGCUAGACUUUUUCCUUGGAGCAUCAUCACUCUUCAUCAGUACCUACCAUUGCUCGCAUACCGGUCGCGACACCCAAUUGAUCUCGGAAUUAUUGAGAGGAGACAUGUUUCGAUAGCCCUCGAACACACUGCACCCCGACUGUCGCAAGGCUGCAGCACCCAGCUCCUCCGACAGCUCCCGACUCGACCACAGUCACCACGACCACCUUGAAAGCACACGAUGGCCCUCCGACCAGGCGCCGCGGCUCUCCGCGACGCAAAUCGCCUGACAUUGUCAACCUGUCACCUCUGCCACCAAUCGUUCCUCGCGCCCUCAAUACAUCUACGGACAAACAGGCGCGCGCUCCACAACUCGCCUCGUCAUGACUCGGCAUGGGGCGCCGCCGUCCAGGUCGCGACGAAUAUGGUCAGCAACGUCGUCAAAACGACGGCUGACAGGCACGGACCCGGGAUGCGCGUCGAUCCGCUCCGGACAGUUGCCAAGGAGAUGCAGCACCUCACGGGCAACAUCAGAAAACUCCUGGGCUCUGGCCACCCCAGUCUAGACCGUGUCGCGAAAUACUACACACAGGCAGAGGGGAAGCACGUCCGGCCGUUGAUUGUGCUCCUGAUGAGCCGCGCGACACACCUGUGCCCCAAAGCGCAUGAGCACACUGGCCACCGUGGGCCUGGCAUCGACAGCUCGAUAUCGCCCAUGGGCAUCCUCGCCGACGUCAACCCCAGCGCCCUGCCGCUUUCAUCGCCCGACGCGAGGGAAGCACCCGAAGAGGCCAACCCGGAUAUCCUUCCCUCGCAGCGCCGCCUGGCCGAGAUCUCUGAGCUGAUCCACACGGCCUCAUUACUGCACGACGAUGUCAUUGACCACUCUGUCUCGCGUCGCGGGUCGCCGAGCGCCAAUCUGGAGUUUGGCAACAAGAUGGCUGUCCUGGCCGGUGAUUUCCUCCUAGGGCGCGCCUCCGUGGCCCUGGCCCGGUUGAGGAACGCAGAGGUGGUGGAGUUGCUGGCCACUGUCAUUGCCAACCUGGUGGAGGGCGAGUUCAUGCAGCUCAAGAACACGGAGCGCGACGAGCGCUCGCCCAAGUACUCGGAGGAGACCCUGGCGUACUACCUGCAAAAGACGUACCUCAAGACAGCCAGCUUGAUCAGCAAGUCGUGCCGCGCGGCGGCGUUGCUGGGAGGUGCCGAUGCGCACACGGUGGAUGCUGCGUACAGCUACGGCCGUAACCUGGGGCUGGCUUUCCAGCUGGUGGAUGAUAUGCUGGACUACACGCGCAGCGGCAAGGACCUCGGCAAGCCGGCCGGCGCUGAUCUCGAGCUGGGGUUGGCCACCGCGCCGCUGCUCUUUGCGUGGAAGCAGAGGCCUGAGCUGGGCGCUCUGGUGGGACGCAAGUUUGAGCGAGAGGGUGACGUUGAGAAGGCACGCGAACUGGUCCUCCAGAGCGACGGCGUCGAGCAAACGCGUGCGCUGGCACAGGAGUACAGCGAGAAGGCCAUGGCUGCGAUUGCCGGGUUCCCCGACAGCGAUGCCAAGGACGGACUAAUGGAGAUGGCAGAGCAGACCAUCAAGCGACAGAAGUGAGCGGAGCGGAAGGAGACUGUAUGUGUACACUGUACGAGUAUCUGUAUAAGUCGCAGGGCAACCAAGGCAAUAGAUGGGAUCACUUGAGGGCGGGUGGGCGU